AUGGCUAUGGAGAAGAACAAGUAUAGCAUAAUCGUUCCUACCUACAAUGAACGCCUCAACAUCGCUCUCGUCGUUUACCUAAUUUUCAAGCAUCUGCAGAAUGUAGAUUUCGAAAUAAUUAUCGUGGAUGAUGGGAGUCCAGAUGGGACCCAGGAGAUUGUUAAACAGUUGCAGCAAGUCUAUGGUGAAGAUUGUAUUCUGCUGAGACCCAGACCUAAGAAGCUUGGCUUGGGGACGGCUUAUAUGCACGGACUGAAGCAUGCAAAUGGAAACUUUGUUGUGAUAAUGGAUGCUGAUUUGUCCCACCAUCCGAAGUACUUGCCAAGCUUUAUCAAGAAACAGAUGGAGACAGGCGCAAGCAUAGUUACUGGGACACGAUAUGUGGAAGGUGGUGGUGUCCAUGGAUGGAAUCUGAUGCGUAAAUUGACGAGCAGGGGAGCCAAUGUCCUUGCACAAACCCUUCUCUGGCCAGGUGUAUCGGACUUAACUGGAUCGUUCAGGCUUUACCGGAAAACUGUGCUUGAAGAUGUUAUAAGUUCAUGUGUAAGUAAAGGUUAUGUUUUCCAGAUGGAGAUGAUUGUUAGAGCCUCUCGAAAGGGACACCACAUUGAAGAGGUUCCAAUCACGUUUGUGGAUAGACUCUAUGGGAGCUCAAAGCUAGGAGGAUCAGAAAUUGUGGAGUAUCUCAAAGGACUUCUGUACCUUCUAUUUACAACUUAA